AUGUCUAUGAAUGAAAGCAAUAAAAAUAAUGAAUCUGUGCCAAACAAAGAUUGUAAUGAGGAGAUGACCGAUGUUACAUCAAUUACUGAUAUUAAUUCUAUAAGACUUAUUGAUAAAAACAAAGACAAUGAAUCUGUGAUACUAAACAAGGAGUACAACACUAAAAAGAUUGAUGUUUCAUUAAAUAUUGGUGAAUCUCACAUGAUAAUGUCUAUGGAUGAAAGCAAUAAAAAUAAUGAAUCUGUGCCAAACAAAGAUUGUAAUGAGGAGAUGACCGAUGUUACAUCAAUUACUGAUAUUAAUUCUAUAAGACUUAUUGAUAAAAACAAAGACAAUGAAUCUGUGAUACUAAACAAGGAGUACAACACUAAAAAGAUUGAUGUUUCAUUAAAUAUUGGUGAAUCUCACAUGAUAAUGUCUAUGAAUGAAAGCAAUAAAAAUAAUGAAUCUGUGCCAAACAAAGAUUGUAAUGAGGAGAUGACCGAUGUUACAUCAAUUACUGAUAUUAAUUCUAUAAGACUUAUUGAUAAAAACAAAGACAAUGAAUCUGUGAUACUAAACAAGGACAAUAAAAAUAAUGAAUCUGUGCCAAACAAAGAUUGUAAUGAGGAGAUGACCGAUGUUACAUCAAUUACUGAUAUUAAUUCUAUAAGACUUAUUGAUAAAAACAAAGACAAUGAAUCUGUGAUACUAAACAAGGAGUACAACACUAAAAAGAUUGAUGUUUCAUUAAAUAUUGGUGAAUCUCACAUGAUAAUGUCUAUGGAUGAAAGCAAUAAAAAUAAUGAAUCUGUGCCAAACAAAGAUUGUAAUGAGGAGAUGACCGAUGUUACAUCAAUUACUGAUAUUAAUUCUAUAAGACUUAUUGAUAAAAACAAAGACAAUGAAUCUGUGAUACUAAACAAGGAGUAUAACACUAAAAAGAUUGAUGUUUCAUUAAAUAUUAGUGAAUCUUACAUGAUAAUGUCUAUGGAUGAAAGCAAUAAAAAUAAUGAAUCUGUGUCAAACAAAGAUUGUAAUGAGGAGAUGACCAAUGUUACAUCAAAUACUGGUUGUCACCAAAAACCGACGCUUUUAAAUGGUGAGAAUGAAAUAUAUGACAAAAGAGAAGAAGAAAUUACCAUGAUUAUUGAUGACAGUGUUUAUCAAGAGGAUAUUGGCACAAUAAUCUUUACAGAUGAAAAUGAGAAGAUCAUUAAAACUGUCAUGCCAAAUAACUUUUUCAUGAAUAAUAAUAUUGAAGCAGCCGACGCAAAUGAAAUAGCAGACGCAAAUAUUUUUUUAUCUGAUUCACUUAAUGGAUCUGUUAUAAUCAAUGAGGAGUGUGUUAGGAGAUUAAGUUUUAACACGACUGAUAAUGAUAACGACAAAAGUAAUGAUGAAGGUUCAGAAUAUAUACAUUCAGAACACAGUUCUUUACAUAGUGAAUCUCCUGAAAACCAAAUGCCAAUUGUUAAUAGAACUGUUUCAUCCACUUCCAGUUUUGAUACAUCAAAUACAAAUGUUGUUGCAAUUAAUGUAGUUGCAGGAUAUGACAAUGAAGAACAACUUUAUAAAACUCCUGCAGUAGCAGCUAACUUGUCAACACUUAUUAAGCAUAUAGGAAAUCUUCUCAUUAUGGAAUGCAUCAAGGCUCAAGAUGAAGAGAAAAAAAAAUUAGUUAAAGACUUUUUAAAGCUGUUAGUUGUGGAUAUAGACGACGAGCAGGAGAAAUUGAGCGAGCCUUGA